GUGACUAGCUUCAGGCACAUUUUAUUUAUCAAAAUUUAAUGGAUGAUGACAUGUACUGUGUUGAAAUUUCGUCGGUGAUAACUUAAAUCCGUAUAUCUACAUAAUUUGAUCGAGAUUCUUUGAUAAUUUCUCGAAAAAUGGAUUUUGGGCAAAUACUACACACUGCCAAGAAAAACGAGCAUGCAAAUAAAAAUGGGGCCCGUUAUUACAGUACAAAGUUUGAACCACCCAAAAAGGAAAAAAAAACUUCUGUGGAGUUAUCUGCUAAUAUAAAAAAAUUCUUAGCUAAAAAGGAAGCAGAGGAAAAGAAGAAAGCUGAAGAGGAUCAUAAGAAACGGGAAGAGUUAUUGGCACUGCGAUCCCAGGACAAGAAGGCCACCCGCCGCGUUAAUGUUAUGCUGAAACGGACGAAAUCCGCCAAUCAAUCGGUGAUAGAGGACGCAGUGGACAACGACAACACUGCGGUGACUCUGGCAGGCCCGAUGCAACCAGACGAAGACGAUUAUGGGUACGUUUCCCAGGAAGCCUCCGCGUUUUACAACCAAAUGAUGGAGAAAUACAACAAGAUGCCCGACGAACCGAAAUUCGACAUGACGAAGAAGAAAGUCAGCACGAAUUUGAGUAGCACGAAAGAUCGAGUUAGGGCGGCACUCGAAAGAGAAAAAGAGGAAGCGAUGAUGCCACAUAAAAGGAAACGGAAACAUAAAGAGAAAGAGGAAGAUGAGGAUGGAGUUAGCUAUGAUGCCCCUGAUAGAGAGCCAGAGGAUAAAGAAAAAGAAGUUACUAAAGAAGUGCCCAAGGUUAAACCUAAACCAAAGAUGAUGCCACCACCUAUAAAUUUUUCAGAGAAAGAAGAUGAAAAACUUCUUACAAAGAGACAGAGGAGAGAUGCAGAAAAGGAGAGGGAGUUUCUAAGAAGACGUGAAGAAAGAAGAAGAGACAUAGAAAGAGGUAGAAUACCUAAAAAAGUAGAAUCAACAACUAAACUCACAAAUAAUGGUGAAAAACAGAUUUCUAAAUCAAACAAAUCCAGUUCUGCUGAUAGAAUACCUGAAAUUAGUGACCACCCAAGUGCCAAAUCAUUAGGAAGUUCUAAACCAUCAACUGAUUCCAUCAAGAAACAAACACAGUCAGAUAAAUUUGUUAGUAGUAAAGAAAAAUCAAGAGGCUUAAGUACUUCUGGUGCCAGUAGUUCUUUUCAGUCUGGGAAAUUUAAAAGCAAAGAUGCUCAAAAGGAUAGAACUGGAUUUGAAGAAGAAGAGAAGCCUGGAAAGAAAUAUUUACCUGGUGAUUUGAGGUAUAAACCAGAGCCAAAAGUAGAAGUCAAACCUACUAAACAACUCCCAGAAGAAGCAAGAUACAAGCAGGGUCAAGACGUGAGGCAGAAACAAGGACAAGAAGAUGUAAGGUAUAAACAAAAACAGGAUGAAGCGAGACUCAAACAGAGACAAGAAGAAAUUAGGAACAAACCAAGACCGGACGAGGAUCCUCGUCCGAGGAAAUACCUGCCAGGGGAUGUUCGAUACAAACAGGAAAUGGAACCCAAAAGAUUCCCUCCCAAUGACAUCAUAUCCAGAAAGAAUGCGCUCUCUUCCAAGAACCCCAGCACUGAGACCCAAUUGAAAAAAACAUCACAAAAUGACACUACCACAAGGAAACCUCUGGCCAAUGGUAAUCCUCCUAAAAAAAUUACAGCUGGUGAUCCGGGUUCCAGGAAUGGUCCCGCCAAACAAUUUCCACCAAGAGACUUGAAACCUUUGAAGCAGAAGCAGUUCCCUCCACCAGAUGUUAGGAGGAACGAUGUUCAGGCCAUAAAGAAGAAACCGGCCAUAGGAAAUAAACGUCGUAUUUUAGAUGAUGACAGUGAGUAUGAUUCAGAAAUGGACGAUUUCAUCGACGACGACGAGCCUGAAGAUGACUACUCGAAAUACAUAUCCGAGAUUUUCGGCUAUGACAAAUCUAGGUACAGGGAUGUCGAUGACGAUGUAGACAAUAUGGAGUCUACGUUCGCCCAACAGAUGAGAGAAGAAGUAAUCAGUACCAAAAUAGGUAUAAUGGAAGAUUUGGAAGACAUCAAAAAAGAAGAAGAGGAGAAAAAACGGAAAAUGCAGAUGAAGAAGAGAAAAAAAUAAUAAUUUUGGGCAGUAGGUGAAUCUAUUAUUUAUAGUUUUAAUAGCAACUGAGAAUUUCAAGUGAUUUAAUAUUCAAUGUUGAUGAAUUUACUCAGAAAUCUCUAUCAACUGUUUCUGUCAUAGAGUUUGUUAACAUGGGAAAAUCAUUAUUGAAGUCAUGAAACAAUUAAUUUCAGUGAUAGAUUGUGCAUGUCUGAUAAUUUUAUACUCUACUAGAUCGAACUAGACAGAAAAUAAUUGAAAACGUGUGAGACGCAACGAGUGUUGCACCUUCGCUCACGUGAAAACUAGAAUUUUUAGGAUUUUCUCUCCUGUUUCUAUGAAUAGAUAUAUUAGUACAUUUUGAUACACUAUGUGUAGUAGGGACAAAUCAGAAUCAAAUAUCACUCCUUUUAAAAUUUCACUAUUAGAAAUCUUGAAGAGAUCUACAAUCUAUAGUCAGUGACACCUUGUUUCAAUAAGUACGAAAAAAUCGAAGAAAUAUUAAAUUUUCGCUUGGACAUUGGGUACGAAUCAAUUUCUGAAAUUUUUCUCAGCAACUGGUUUAUUUCCUUUUAUUGGUACUUUUCAGGGACAGAAAUUGACAGGAAAAUGUGAGUUAUAGGUUUUUUCAUUAGUUGUUCUUGAAUUUACCAUUUUUUUACUUGGAUUCUGUAAGUGAAUACCAUGUUUCUUCUAUUUCAAUCACAAAACUCGAAAGACCUAAAAGGCUAAUGCAAGUGUGAGGAAUCGCUGAAAUCUGAUACAACCAGUGUGCUCGCGGCAAUGGUGAUCAUGCGCGCAUUGCAACAUUGUCAGUUAUAUAUUUUUAUACGCAAAUCUCAUAUUUAGGCAUUAGGAUGUAGUUCAUAUUUCUUAUACAACUUCCUGUAACUGAUGAUCAACAGCUUUACAAACAUCAUAUAUAAAAUUUUCACCACAAAAUUCAUAGACUCACUGAUAUUUGAUAAAUUACAAUGUCUAUGAACUUAAUAAUUUUUUACGAGUUCAUCUGGCAACUGUGUGAGAAUGUACCUCUGUCAUUUUGUCUGACGUAGACUCAAGACAGAGCCCGAUUAGUUUCAAUUAUGCAGUGUAUUGAUUUGCGCUUAACGUCUUUCAUUAGUGAUUUUGAGGUUAUUGAAGAGUUCUGGUAUUUUACUCCAGUUUAGGUGGUUUAUUGUUGUUCGGGACAUU